UGCAAGAUGCAGCUACUCCUGGCUCUGGCAGGGGUCCUAGCAACAUUCAUCCUCAUCCAGCCCUGUGAGGGCACUAUCCCAGCCUCAUCUGAGCCAGUGGAGACCUCAGUCCUUCAGGACUGCAUAGCAGAAGCCAAGUUGCUGGUGGAUACUGCUUACAAUCGGACUCAGAAGAGCAUCAAGCAGCACCUUCGCAACGGCUUGGCCAGCCCCAUGGACCUCCUGGCCUACUUCAAGCAGCCAACAGCAACCACCAAGAUAGUUGUUCGGGCUGCAGAUUAUAUGCAUGUGGCCUUAGGGCUACUGGAAAAGAAGCUACACCCACAAGGAUCCAGACCCUUCAAUGUCACUGAUGUGCUCACAGAACCCCAGUUGCACCUGCUAUCCCAGGCCAGUGGUUGUGCAUUUGAGGACCAGGCUGAGAGAUGCAGCAACAAGUACCGCACCAUCACUGGGAGAUGCAACAACAAGAAGAGACCCUGGCUGGGAGCUUCCAACCAGGCACUGGCCCGCUGGCUGCCAGCUGAGUAUGAGGACAGAGUAUCACUCCCCUUCGGCUGGACCCCCGGCAAGAGGCGCAAUGGCUUCCUCCUCCCUCUUGUCCGGGCUGUAUCCAACCAGAUUGUACGCUUCCCCAGGAAGAGGCUGGCAUCCGACUGGGGCCGGUCCCUCAUGUUCAUGCAGUGGGGCCAGUUCAUUGACCAUGACCUGGACUUCUCCCCAGAGUCUCCAGCCAGAGUGACCUUCACUGCAGGCGUGGACUGUGAGAAGACCUGUGCUCAGCUGCCCCCUUGCUUCCCCAUCAAGAUACCGCCCAAUGACCCCCGCAUCAAGGACCGGCGUGACUGCAUCCCCUUCUUCCGCUCAGCACCCUCAUGCCCCCAAAACAGGAACAAAGUCCGCAACCAGAUCAAUGCACUUACAUCCUUCUUGGAUGCCAGCAUGGUGUAUGGCAGCGAGGUCAACCUCGCCCUGAGACUCCGCAACCAGACCAACUACCUAGGGCUGCUGGCCAUCAACCAGCGCUUCCAUGACAACGGCAGGGCCCUGAUGCCCUUCAUCAACAUGCACGAUGACCCCUGUCUCCUCACCAACCGCUCUGCAAGCAUCCCCUGCUUCCUGGCAGGUGACUCCCGCGCAAGUGAAACCCCCAAACUGGCGGCCAUGCAUACCCUCUUUGUGCGAGAACACAACCGACUGGCCAUGGAGCUAAGACGACUGAAUCCCCACUGGAGUGGAGACAAGCUCUACAACGAGGCCCGGAAGAUUGUGGGGGCCAUGGUCCAGAUCAUCACCUACCGAGACUUUCUGCCCCUGGUUCUGGGCAAGGCCCGGGCCAGAAAAACCCUGGGGCCAUACAGGGGUUACUGCUCCAAUGUGGACCCACGUGUGGCCAAUGUCUUCACCCUGGCCUUCCGCUUCGGCCACACCAUGCUACAGCCCUUCAUGUUCCGCUUGGACAGCCAAUACCGGGCCUCAGCACCCAAUUCCCACACUCUGCUUAGCACCGUCUUCUUUGCUAGCUGGCGCGUUGUGCAUGAAGGUGGCAUUGACCCCAUCCUCCGAGGCCUUAUGGCCACCCCUGCCAAGUUGAACCGUCAAGAUUCCAUGUUGGUGGAUGAGCUCCGGGACCAGCUAUUUCAGCAAGUGAAAAGAAUUGGACUGGACUUGGCAGCUCUCAACAUGCAACGGAGCCGUGACCAUGGCCUUCCAGGGUACAACGCAUGGAGGCACUUCUGCGGGCUCUCCCAGCCCCGGAACUUGGCACAACUCAGUCAGGUGCUGAAAAACCAAAAUUUGGCAAGGAAGUUCCUGAAUCUGUAUGGGACACCUGACAACAUUGACAUCUGGAUUGGGGCCAUUGCAGAGCCCUUUCUGCCAGGAGCCCGAGUGGGGCCUCUUCUGGCUUGUCUUUUUGAGAACCAGUUUAGAAGAGCCAGAGAUGGAGACAGGUUUUGGUGGCAGAAAUGGGGUGUUUUCACCAAGAGACAACGCAGGGCCCUGAACCGGAUUUCCUUGUCUCGAAUUGUGUGUGACAAUACUGGUAUCACCACUGUUCCAAGGAACAUCUUUAGGGCCAACAUCUACCCCCAGGGUUUUGUGAGCUGCAGGCGUAUUCCCAGGUUGAACCUAUCAGCCUGGCUAGGGAAAUGAGGCUUGUGCAGG